CACGUAAAUAAUAACUUCUCCUAUUGCUUUGCUUGGCUUUUAUGUAUUUCUUGCAGUUUUAUUCCUGUCAGUGUGUAUACUUAGAUCCAAAUGACCAAAUUCUGAUCGGAAUGCAAUACUGAAUACGUAUAAAUAAACAGAAUCAUGUUGUCCUCGCUAAUUAAAGAACAUCAAACUAAACAAGCAGCGAAAAGAGUCAUACAAGAGCAAAAACGCAAGGAAUGUAUAGCUGCAGCAAAUGAUCUAACACAGGCUUUAGUCGAUCAUCUCAAUGUUGGUGUAGCUCAAGCUUACUUAAACCAGAAGAAGCUAGAUGCUGAAGCGAAAUUAUUACAUCAAGGAGCCAUUAAUUUCUCAAAGCAGACUCAACAGUGGUUGGCGUUGGUUGAGAAUUUCAGUAGUGCACUAAAAGAGAUUGGUGAUGUAGAGAACUGGGCCCGCAGUAUUGAGAACGAUAUGAAAAUAGUUACCGACACACUAGAGAAUGCUUACAAAAUGGCUCAAGAACAGCCAAGCACUACACAAAACAACCAAUAAGCUAAAGUUUACAUCGUGACAAUUUGUGAUUGGAUUUAUGCAAACCGGAACCAACCCACACCAGAUACUCAUUCAAAUGUUUACUACAUUGUUUUAACAUUACAAAAUAAAAUACAAGUGCUCGAUAUACACGCAUCAGCUCCAAGAGCUGCUAGUGUAUCAAAUAAAUAAUAAAUAAUUAAGGUUCGAUUUUCAGUGAGUAUUUGGUGUGGGUUGGUUCCCGUUUGUAUACAUACAUCCAAUUGUUAUCAACAUAGCAAAGUAUGGCUGGCAAGAAGAAAAACACAAGUAUUUUUAAUAUUAUACAGUAUACACCCUUAUCCAAAUUAAACUGAAUAAACAACUAAAAUUUGUUCAACAGAGUUGGCUGUCAGUUGUUAACUCUUUCUUUUUGUAAUUCAGGCAGGCAGAUGCAUGUAUCCAGAGUCAUCUUAACUAAAUUUUCAGUGUUGAGUAGAAUUUGCAUUGUGCUUGUCUAAUUUAUUCUUAAAUUCAUUCACACUUUGGGCCAAUACUAUUCUGGGUGUUUAGUUUUUAUUUGUCAGAUUAAGAAAAAAAUAACUUUUAACUAAAUAAAUGACCUCCAAGUUGACACAAGUUACAGGAUGGUAAUUAAGGUGAGAAAGGUUAUGUAAUGUAAAGAAUUAUAUAUCCUUAAGUAUUUAUUUUAUAGGUAGUAAAUAUUUACAGAUAUUGCUUUUUUGCCUACCAUAGGUAUGUUGCUAUGAAACCUGCAUAAUUGAUAACAGACACUAAUGCUAAUGCAUAAUAGUAAUUGACUAUUGCAAAAAUAUUUUAAAUAUUAGUUUAUUUUCCUGCUAACUGCCAAAAAAAAGUUUAGGUACAUGCUGUACACCAACAGUGUUCAUUUCAAGGAGCAAUCUUAUUUGUAUUUCUCUAUCCUAAGCGCAAAAGUCCUACCUAUAGUACUAAUUUAUGUACCCGAUAUAGGCGAUAUAAACUAUAUUAAAUUUUAUCAGUUGGAUUUCUUUUGAUUAAUUUGAUUUCAUAACAUAAGAAAUACAACCACGUUUCCUUCACUAUAUAUUUCUAAUUCAACUGUCAAUUUUCUUGUAUGAUGGGCCUUUUAGGAGGCUAAUAUUGGUACUUAAAAAAAUACAUGACAUGAUAAAGUAUCGCCAUAAGCACACCCUCUUGGAUCUUUCGAAAAAAACGACUAGUCUUAGUUAAUCUAAGAAAACCAUUGAUUUGAUGUUUUAAGUAUUUAAUAAAACUUAAAUAAAGCACUAGUA